UGGACAAGUAGAUCUUUUACACUCGCUUCACGAUGGGCAACCCAGUGUGGUUUAUCUUCUGGCUUUUGGUCUUCUGGAUCAUCGCCUUGGCCGUCGCCUGCCUCUGUUCGUUCGCCUACAUCAUAGUCUAUUCAAUGGUUGUGUGCUUUCCGGGUCUAUCGGGUAUCGCCGAAAUACUGUUGCAGGGCCUACAGUUCCCGCAUUAUUGCGCAAAGGCCAUGAUGGAGUGCAAGCCCCCAUUCUAAGUAA